AUGGUGGAGCUGUUUGGUGGUCACCAACAAGCGUCAAACGAGUUCAGGAUAACAAGAUACAACAAUAACAACAAGCCGAGCUUGAAAAGCUUCAAAAAGCCGAGCAAGCCAAGAUCAAGAAGGCAGCUCGCGAUUGCCAGCUUCAACUUCAAAAAGCAGCCCGUGUUGAGCGGGAGAAGGGUUGGGAGGAGACCAGAAAGCGGAAGGCUGCAGAGAAAGCCGAAAGAGAGCAUCGUAAGCGCAAAGCGUCAAAACCUCAUAAGCCAGCUACAAAGCGUCAAAAGUGUAGUGGUGUUGCUCCAGCUGUGGUGGGAGCCGCAAGGGUUGCACGAGCUGCUCCACCGCGUAGUCGACGGCAACGACCAAUAA